UGCAGGAACUUGUCUUGCAACGCCCCUCGUAGAUUGCGUCAAAUUUGACCGCGCCUGCCCAUCCGUGCCCUAGGAAGUCAUCCGCUGCAGGGUCCGCACGAGACGGGCGACUAUGACCGGAAAAGAAACGGCUCGACCCUACUUGACGAUGUCGGGCGGCAGCUGCUACGUGGACCAGGGUGCAAGCAGUGCAGCGCCUGAUCUGGACUUUGGCAGAGUUCCUCAAGAAAGCAGAGAAGCAGCGUGGAACCACCGAGAGAACAAGGCUGCCAACAGACUCCUAGAGUGCCGUGGGUGCCGGUUAGCUUUCACCGACAUGGAGGCCUUCCGAAUGCAUGCCGAUGACCACUUGCUUGGGAAAAACCACAGCUGUCCUGAGUGUGAGUUCCCGGAGAAACCAGAGAAGCAUCGGGGCAGCAGCGAGAGAACCAGGCAACCAACACAAUCCAAGAGUGCCACGUGUGUCGGUUUGGUUUGACCGACACGGAGGCCUUUCAAAAGCACGCCGCUAACCACUCGCUCGGGAAAAACCACAACUGCUCGGAGUGUGGUAAACUGUUUGUGUCGGCUUCGAAGCUCACGAGGCAUUUAGGUAUCCACCGCGAACCGUCCGUUGAGUGCAGCGUGUGCGGCGAAAAAUUUCGUACCAAAGAUAGCCGAAGGCAGCACAUGUAUGCAUACCACGUCGGUUCACAGCCCUGAGAAGCCGUCGAAGGGUCUCCUUACCACGGCAGCACCCGCCACGAAAUUGGUCGAGCACGUCAUGAAGCACCGUCACACGUGACGGUGGCAUCGGCAUCGGUGUAGCCGGAUGUUCGCCCGGGAGGAGCGACCUCUCUGGAUGUCACUCUGGCGCCAAGACGUGUCGUGUGCCUUCGCAGAAUAACGUGUGGUCUGGGCCUCAGCUGCUCUAGCUGUGCGCGAACUUCUUGACAAACAAAAUUGGGCUAAUCUUAUUCCUUCUGACUACGGUUGAAAAAUGCCUGCGAUUAAAGUUCUUACAGUGGUUAUCUCGA